GCUUAGAACGACUGUGCAUGGCCCUAGAUGAUGCCUCCCUGGUCUUCGAAAGCUCAGAGGAUGUGGAAGCGGUGCAGUCUUUCAACAAGAUGGGCUUGAAGGAGGACAUCCUGCGGGGCGUUUAUGCUUACGGCUUCGAAAGGCCCUCUGCAGUGCAGCAGCGGGCGAUCCGGCCCAUCCUGCGAGGCCGGGACGUGAUCGUCCAGUCCCAGAGUGGCACAGGCAAAACCUCCGUGUUUUGCCUUGGGGCGCUGCAAGCCGUGGAGUUCGGGACCUCGGAGCCACAGGCCAUCCUCCUGUCACCCACGCGAGAGCUAGCUGAGCAAAGCGCCAAGGUUUGUUUGGCGCUGGGUGACUACGUUGGCGUCAAGAUCCACAGAUGUUUGGGUGGCAAAAGCAUCAAAGAUGGCAUCAAGGCCCUGAAGUCCGGUGUCCACAUGGUGUCCGGCACGCCAGGUCGAGUUCUUAGCAUGAUCCAGCAGCGGCACUUACCAGUGAGCCGUGUGAAAGUUCUGGUUCUGGAUGAAGCUGACGAAAUGUUUAGCAAGGGCUUCAAGGAGCAGGUCUAUGGUAUCAAGCGCCACCUGCCAGAGAAGCUGCAGGUAGUGCUGGUGUCUGCAACCUUGCCAGACGAGGUGUUGGCGCUGACACAAGACUUUAUGAAGAAGCCUUUCCGGCUGCUGGUGAAGCGGGAUGAAAUGUCACUGCAUGGUAUUCAGCAGUACUAUGUCUUUGUUGAAAAGGAGCAAUGGAAAUUUGACACCCUCUGCGACAUUUUUGACUCUGUCGCGGUCACGCAGUCUGUCAUAUUUUGUAAUAAUCGCAAGAAAGUGGACUGGUUGGCACAGAAGAUGCGGGUCGCCAAUUUCCCCAUCUCGUCAAUCCACGGAGACAUGCCGCAGAAGGAUCGGGACAGCGUGAUGGAGGAAUUCCGAGAAGGGCGCUCCAGGCAGCUGAUCGCCACUGACCUGGUGGGCCGUGGUGUGGACGUCCAGCAGGUGUCUCUCGUGAUAAACUACGAUGUGCCCACUAGCCGGGAGUUCUAUUUGCACCGCAUCGGCCGGUCCGGUCGCUUUGGACGCAAAGGCGUCGCGGUGAACUUUGUCAGGACAGAAGACGAGUCUCUGAUCACAGAUUUGGAGAAGUUCUACUCUGUUUCUAUCAAGGAGCUGCCUGCAAAUUUUGCGGCGGUCCUGCGCUGAAGCCCGGCAGAGCCGGGAGUCGUUAAUGCCCGCGGAAAUGUGGAGCCGAGCCGAACUGGCCGAAGGUUCA